AGCGCCAGCAUGGACGGGGUGGACGUGUGGGCCAGCACCCUGGCCCAGCUGAUGGCCAAGAGGAAGCCCCAGGACACCUGGGAGCUGGUUCCCGAGGAGAACCUGGCCUCGGGGCACCUGGACAGCAGCGGUUUCCAGUACCGGCUGCGGGGGCUCUCGAGGCUCCAGUGUGGCCGCUGCCAGUGGGGCUGGUCCUCGGCCCACGUGCACGUCCUCUUCCACCUGUGGUGGGAUGGGGACGCCCGGCAGGGGCUGGUGAAGAUGCGCAUCUGGGCCCAGCGGUGCCGGCUGUGCCCGCUGGGCGGGCCCGCCUGCCAGGUCAGCCUGCUCAACGUGCGGCUCUUCCUCAGCAAGCUGGUGCAGUUCAUUGUGCAGAAGUGCUACGGGGAGGGCCCGGGCUCCGACCAGUGCCCCGAGAUCUGCUUUGGCGAGCACUGUGAGGCCUGCGACCUGGGGGUCUGUUUCUUCCAGCAGCCCCCAGACCCCGCCUGGGGGCCCGAGGUUAAGCGCCCCAGCACCAUAAAAGGCAGGUUCACCCUGUACGGUGGCACCGACGCGGCCGCCCCCACCGCCGGCCAACAGCUGCGCACGCUUGGCCGCGGGCUCCUGGUGGACCGCUCCAGGGGCUACACCCCCAACUCCAUCACCAUCCCCCUCUCCGCGUCCGACUUCAUCAAGAACCCCCUCUCUGAGGGCAGGGACUUCUUCCGCGAGGACGAGGAGAUCAUCACCGUCCCCUUCUCCCUUGUGCGCAAGGACAAGGGAUCCGCGGCCGAUACCAAGGGCUCCCUCCCUGCAGCCGACCCCCCCGGGCCGCUCGUCAUUGGCAGGGGCUCCCUCUACCUGCCCACCAGUUCCAAGGCCAUGUCCAAGGGCAAACGCUUCCCGGUGGACAUCAAAGCCCCCAUCUUUCACGGCAAAGGCCUCCUCCUCAGCGGCACAAAGGAGAUGACAGGCUUCAUCUACAAAGGUCACGGCUGCGUCUCUGACCCCGACGAAGGUGAAGACGAAGAUGACGGCUGGGGCCCUGCGCCCAGCAGCGGCGGCCCCGUCACGGAAGUCACUGAUGGAAACAGCCCGCGGCCGAUGACCUACAUCAUCGGCCUCAUGAACAACGGUGAGGGCUCCGUCACCUUCCCCUCUUCCUUGACCGACGUGGUCCUUGAGGAUGGGGACCCCUUUGACCUCGUCUACGGCUCCCUCACCUUCCCUUUCAUCUUCGCCGACAAGGGCGUAGGUGAAGGGAAGGAGGGUGGCGGCAGCUGCCCCGGCAGCGCUGGCCGUGAGCCCCUCCCAGGGAUCAACACCAGUGGCCCGGUCCCCACCAGCGAGGGCUCUGUCACCAUCCCCUUCUCCGUCUUCAGUAUCAUCCAGAGCAAGGGCUCCGGUGACGAUGCCACCCGUGGCUUUGCCAAGAAGCCGAGGCAGCCGGGGCCCAGGGCGGGCAAGUCCCGCUCUAGGUACUCCUGGGAAGAGGACUUCUGCUGGGCUGAAGGCUUCUGCUUUGACCCCUAUGAAGAAGUGUGGAUCUGGGUCUCGAUGACCGUCUGCAUCCUGUGGGUGAUGUACCUGUACAAGUUCAGCCCCGACAGCUCCCCGCGGGUGUGAGGCGUGGCGCCUCCCGUCCAUCCCCGCCACGCCCCCAGCGAGCGAAGUGAC